UCAAAUUUUUCAGUUGAAAUUAUUCUACGUUGGCGAGAAGUCGUGAGCAACAGAAAUUUUGAAAGUAGUAGCAGAAGCAGCAAAAGCAGAGUUUGGCUGGCUGGCUGCUCUGUGAGAUUUUCAUCCAUUUUAGUGCCCACUCUGAGAACAAAAAUAAAUUCAGAAGAUUCUUUCAUAGAUUUUGUAAAGCGGGAAACUUUAAAAACAGAGACAUAAUCCGCAAGUGUUUUUUUGUUUGGCGUUGUAUUUACAAAUUUUACAUUUAUUAUAAAUUCACAUACUUGUGUUGCUGACAUCGGUGGGGUCUGUCAGUGCUCCCAGCGGCGGUAGAAGCCCAGAAUAUUAUAAUUUUUUUUAUAAGUUAUUGACAAAGUGCCCAGCGACAACGACGUUUAACGCCGUUGUUGGAACGGCUCGAUGAUGGCAUUGCCAAUGAACUCACUUUACUCCCUUACGUGGGGCGACUAUGGCUCGUCAUUGGUGACGGCCAUUCAACUUUUACGCUGUCACAACGACUUGGUGGACUGCACUUUAGCUGCUGGCGGGCGUAGUUUUCCAGCACACAAAAUUGUGUUGUGUGCAGCGUCUCCAUUUCUACUGGAACUGCUUAAGAAUACACCAUGCAAGCAUCCGGUGGUGAUGUUGGCCGGCGUCAAUGCCAACGACCUGGAAGCGUUGUUGGAGUUUGUUUAUCGCGGCGAAGUAAGCGUUGAUCACGCACAAUUGCCGUCGUUAUUGCAAGCCGCGCAAUGCCUGAAUAUACAGGGGUUGGCACCGCAAACUGUAACGAAAGAUGAUUACACUACACACUCGAUACAACUACAACAUAUGAUACCACAACAACAUCAUGUAAGUGACCAAGACCCAUUGAUUGCUACCAUUGCUACCGCACCACAACAAACCGUACAUGCACAUGUCGUCGAGGAUAUCCACCAAGCUGGCCAGAUUUUGCAAACGACUACCCACACUAACGCUGCCGGACAACAACAGACCAUUGUGACCGCUGAAUCGCCUAAGGAUGUCAUUCAACAAUUCUUGCCCGCACGUAAACGCAAGCCACGCGUCAAGAAAAUGUCGCCCACUGCACCCAAGGUCGCUAAAGUUGAUGGCAUGGAAACGAUUAUUGCUACACCGGCUACCGCCACUAAUGUCGUGCAACAUCAGGCCACACAGCAACAACAACAGCAGCAGCAACAACAGCAACAGCAGCAAUUGCAGGCACAACAACAAAGCAUCGAAAAUGGCAAUGAGACACAGAUUAUCAGCUCGACGCCGCACAUCAAAACUGAAGUGACCAAGGUGGAGACAAUUGUGACCAUGGACCCGAAUAUAACACCGAUAUCGACAGCGAACACCAGCGAAGUGAGCGCCGGCGGCACAACACCGGCCAGCAGCACGAAGACAGUCAAACGCACUAAGAGUGAAUCUCGUUCACGUUCACAAUCGGAACAACCAGCUACCUGUCCCAUUUGUUAUGCAGUCAUCAGACAGUCACGCAAUUUGCGACGUCACUUGGAGUUGCGGCAUUUCGCCAAGCCCGGCGUAAAGAAGGAAAAGAAAAUACCCACAGGCAAAAAGGUAGUCACCACAACGACUGGCGCAGGCACCAGUAAUGCGGCAGGCACAUCGACGAUCACCACAGCAGUUAGUACUAUACCGCAGGUGCAAUCGGUGCAAUCGUUACACACUUUGCACACCGUGCAGGUGAAAAAGGAUCCGGACGCGCAGAAUCAAGGCCAACAAACGAUGACAGUCACAACCUCGACGGGUGGUGGUGGUGGGGCUCAGCAACAGCAACAGCAGCAGCAACAACAGCAAGUACAAGUGCAAGUGCAACAGGCAACAACGCAACAACAACAGGCACAACAGCAAAUACAACAUCAUCAAAUCAUCGAUCAAUCGGGCAACAUAACAACGGCCACCACAACAGCGGGCGGACAACAACAACAGCAACAACAAGCUGGUGGCCAAAUAGUUACGCAGACCGAGAAUACAGAUGGCACAACAUCGUUGUCGAUUGCACAGGUGCAAACGCUGCAGGGCCACCAAAUACUGGGCAAUAUUAAUCAGGUGAAUAUGAAUGAAUUUCAAACGCAUUCACAAUUGUAAAAUGGAUGAGCAGAAUGAGGAGAGAGAAUCAAACAUAUAUUUCAAAAAUUAAAGGAAAACAAUUAAGCAAUACAACAACCAAUCCGACUAGCACUCAAGUCCCAAAUCACUAAUCUAACGGUGCUGAGUCACUGAACAAAUACAAAGCAGAAACAAAACAUACGCCAGACAACAGACAAACGUAUAAAAAAACGUAGACAACUUAGCACUUUAAUACAGUGUGAAGCUAAAAUUAACCAAACGGUGACAGCAGAUAGCGAAAAAGUACACACGAAAACAUAUUUGCCAAACAACACGCCAAAAACAAGCAAAAAAAAAAAAACAAAAACAAGCAAAUAAUUAUUAAAUAGUUUUUAGUAAAUUAACUAACAAACCUAAAUUAUUAGUUGAUUAUUCUUAUUUUUCAAUAUUUGCGCGUAAGUUAGUGAGUUAGUGUGCGCUUCCCCAUUCUGUUGCAACUUUUACAUUUUGUAUAUACAAAAAGCGAGCAACCAAUUACGUCAAAAGUACUUGGAAGAAGAAGAGAGAAGUAGAGAGAGAGGGGGGGAUGGGGAGAGAGAAGAAAAAUAGAAAGAGUGAUGCACUUUAUUGAACUUUACUCAAGUUUUGCUGCCUUAUUUUUCUGUGCUAUUACUUUAUUGCAUAUUUCGUGCAUUGAAUAACUGUUUAUUGUAUUUUUAUGCUACACAUAAAUUAUAAAUGAACAAAGUUGUUUUUAACUUAGCUUUGACAAAAUUAGUUUGUCGUAACACUAAAAAUUUAAUCAUACGAAAUUUAGUUGGUAUUUGUAAUAUAGAAAUCUUAAAAAAAAUUAAAUGGUUGUAAGUAGUAUUAAGCUGGUAGCUGGUACUAGGUACUGCAACUCGUUUACCUUAACUACUAUUACUUUAAUACUUUUUUUAUUUUCAAGAUAGUGAAAAAAUGUGGUGGCAGGCGAAAAAGCAAGCAAAAAGCGCUUGCACGCUUGGCAUACAUUUUUUCCUAUCUAAAAUUUUCUUGCUUACCUACCACAUUAAUUUUGAAAUAAUUAAAAAAAAAUAGUUCUUAUCUUUGCAACAUUGUAACUGUUGCUUACUUAAAGUUUACUUACAAUAUUAUAUUAAUUUUUAUUAUCACUUUAUUUUGUUAGUUAAGAAAUGGUUUAAGUACACAUAACACUGUUAGAUAUUUAAAAAGAAAAGUUAAAGAAUGGUGCGUUUAUAUUUUAUUUUGUUAAAUCUAAUUUACAUUUACGUGCAUAAAAACUAGUAAAUAUCCAAAUUCAUUAUCGGUUAAAAAAUUUAAAUAAAUAAAAAAUAAUAUAAUAAAAAAUACAAUUACAAAGUAAUUAGAAAAUAUUAUGGUUUUAUAACUGAAAAUUGAAAUUAUAAACGCUGUAGAAACUUUUAGUUUAUAAAGAUAAGAAUAAUUUGUUGAAAUAUUAUAUUUUAAUCAAUUAAUUCGAUUACGUUUCCAAAGUGUUCAGAAUUUCUAAAUUAUUUGCUAACCGAAAAUUGAAAGAAAACUUUAAAUGUUGAGUAUUGCGCUUAGAAUUGCAAAAUUAUUUUCCAAUUUAAAUUAAAUUAAAGAAAUUAAUUUAUCAAAUAUUUAAAAUACAUAACAUCCAAGAGCUUGCUGAAACGGCACUGCGCCUUUUAUCACAAAUUUUGCACAGUCAGAGAAAAAAGCGCAAAAAAUAAUAAUUUCCUAAGUACUUGUACUUAUACAUAUGCAUAUUUCUAACUUAUCUAUAUAAUUUCCUUUAAUCAAUUGUUUGUAACUCUUAAUUUGAAUUAUUUUUUUUUAUUUAUUUGGUUAGCGAAUUUUGAAUUAAAAUUAAUAAAACCAAUGUUGAAAAGCCAACAGAAUAUA